AGCAGCACAUGUACUGCGCCCUGUUGAGACUGAAUACAGGCCAGGUUUGGACAUGACGAAAAUAGGGGGUAAAACCGUCGACUCUGAAGUUCCACUACCACAAGUACAAUGUCGCUACGGAGAUGUUCCUCGGUCCCUAUCGCCAACGAUGGCGCCGCGUCGUCCCCGUCAUCGCCGGGGGUUUUCACCAAAGUGUUCCGCCGGUUGAGUUUCCGGAGGAAGUCCUCUUUUGACCGACGGAAAGCUUCCAUAAACUCGUACAAUCUUGAUCACUUGUUUAAUGAAGUCGGGAGAAAAAUCAGCAAUGCGUCACGUGACAGUAUCGCAACAAUUGAGAACGAGGCUCUGUUCCGGGGUUUACUGCGUUGCCUCCUACAUCCACUCGGCACCCCUGACUCGGAGAUUGGACUCAGGCCGGGGGACCUGGUUGAUCACCUCAGACAGGUGUUUGGAAUCGACCAGGACGAUCACGAAUAUUUUAUCAGAGAAGAAGCAAAGAAUAAGCCAAAGAAGAUUCAAGUAUGUGCAACUGUGAUAGAAGCACGAGACCUCAGAGUUGCCGACAAACAGCCAAAAGCGCAUGGCGAGUUCAACCCUUACUGUAUCCUCACCAUUGUAAACCCGACCAAGUCAUCCAAGUAUUCCCCCAAAUCAUCCCCCAGGGCGUCCCCUCGGUCGUCCCCGAUGGGGAGUCCACUUCCGCUGCGAAAACAUCAUCAACCACGACCUGGCUCACAGGAACACGGAAAUGAUGUGCUCCGAUCACAGACGGCAAGAGGAUUCGCUCAGCCCAAGUGGAAUGAAGAGUUUUACUUGGAAAUAGAAGACCUCUUCACAGAUGAGUUGCACGUGUGCUUCUUCCUUCAAGAUGCGGACGUCACACUUCAUGAAAGCAAACACCAUGACAAGGGUGGUAACUCUCUCAAGAGCUUCUUCCGCAACGUCUUGGCAUCUUCAUCAGAGCAUGAGAAACAUAUCCCAGGAUGCAUCGGGCGGAUAGUUGUCCCAGUUCGGGAUAUUGCCACCAACAGCGUGGACAGGUGGAUGAAUGUAUAUCCAGUGGGGCCGGUCAGCGCCAAGACAAAACCUGUUGGUCAGUGCCGCGUGCGACUGGCCAUAUCCUACAUGCAGUCAGGUGCGUGUUUCUCCGUCGAAGACUACCACCAGGUGUCGCUCAUCCACCACAAACAUGCGGUCAAGGUCAACAAGGAUUGUACCGACUCUGCGUUAUUGCUGUCUCCACAAAGUCGACGAAUUCUCGACACAUUUGCCAUUGGGAAUAGGAUAUCAAAGCUCUCCCAGUCCAUCCUGGAUCUGACGGUGCUGCUGGAGCUGGUGGCGUCCCCGGACAAGGAGAUCCAGUGUCUGUCGGACACGGUGCUGCACAAGUCGCUGGAGGAGGUGGAAAUGACGUGGCUGGCGAUGCAGGCAUGCGGGCAGGAGCUCACACAGAGGAUGCCGUUGUCAGACUCCGAGAUCAGCCUGUACCGCACCGGCACCCGGAACUACAUCAGCUCCCUGACCAGCAAGCUGCAUGAACUACCCAGCCUCUUCCCGCCGUCAGCAGAGAGUCUUAUCACACUCAAAGGCUCUCUGGGCCUAGCCAUACAUCUGCUCGAGCUAGAUCUCUGGGACUCGUCCUCUUCAACACAAAACGAACUUGCAGAUAAACUGUUCCAAAAAUUACAGUCAGACAUUGACCUUUGGAUGACAGAGAAACUCCAGGAGGUCUACUCGCACAAAAAGGUGAAGGACUCUGUGAUACCGGAAGUGAUAUCCCUGACCGAGACCACCAAGGCUUUAGCCUCUCUGCAGUCCCCUGGGGUCAUCACCAAGUUCUACGGCUCCCUGGGGGUCAAGUACUACAGGGUUGUUGCAUUCAGAACAGAGAGAAAGUUGUCAACAGCUGCGCGAGAGUUGAUGUUGGAAAUGGACAAGUACAUGGUGCGGUAUCACAACUUCCCCGUCAACAUCGCGCAGAGCAGCCGGCACUCCCUGGGACUGUACUUCGCCAUCAGGAAGUUCUUCCUUCUCAUCAGGGAGGGUCUCACAGACAGGGACAUGUUCCGCCUACUAGUAAACCAGUACCAGCGCUGGUUCCAGGAAUCUCUGGUGUUCUGGCUGCAGACCUUCAAGACCGAGUGCAUGACCCGGAUGGAGAAGGCACUGGAAAUAGACAAGGAUGUCGUGUUGGUGACAUCGCUGGUCAAAUUCUCAAACUCGUCAGUGGAUGUUCUCUCCUGCUUUGCAAAGAUUACGGAGGAGUGGAGGGAGAUUGACUUCAAGGAUCCAGAUUCCGUCGUCAUGGGUGUCACCAAGAUCACUGACCUAAUCUGUGACGGAGCCCGUCUGUAUGCAGACAAGAUUCACACCAUCCUUGAGCGGAACUGCUACUACGACCAACAGGAAGAAAAGUUUGAUGUCAAUGACAGGUUGUGUAUCACACUAAACAACAUCGAGCACGUGCGCCAGUACCUGAACCAGCUGCCCGAGCUGUUGGAGUGGGAGGAGGUGGGACAGUCACUGUCAGCGCGCCACGAGGACGCCAAGAUUGGCAAACAGUCCUUGACGACCCUCAGACGUCUGACUGCCACUGCCAACCAGGACAUCCUGAUGAAGAGUUCCUUCCUGCUGAGGGAGAUCGCCGUCAAGAUGAAGACCAACGUUCAGAAGCUCAUGGAAAUAUUCAUUGUCAAGUCACCCGCAAAAGCGUCGGCUGUAGACAAGACCAUCGGAUACCUGUCUACGAAUUUGCAGACUCUAGACGACCGUCUAAUGACGUCUAUUUAUCCGAAGAUGAUUGAGGAACUGUGGGAAAUCGUCCUUCAGAUAUUCUAUGAACAGAUGCAAAUCGGGCAAAGACCAGACUACUACGGACAUAUGAAAAGGCAUCUGGGCGCCCUGACGUCGUUCUUCCUCAGCUGCGGGUUGGAGGAGAAAUUAGCGCAGGGUGCGUCGGAAGUUCAGCUCAGGGAUCGCAUCAACCUUAACUGCAUGCAAUCCGGGGUUCUCAUGCAGGAGUACUUCCAAUGUCUAGCUCAUGGAAUGAGCACCCCUCCGGAAUACCUAGGUCACCUUGCGGUCAAGGCCGCCUACGUGGAGGAGACAAAGAGCAUGGUCACAAUUGCAGUUAAAGUGAUGCGGGCGAGUGACCUGCCUGGAUUGGACAACAGUGGCCUGAGUGACCCGUAUGUCGUGGUGAAUCUCCAGCCGCCCAACCUAUUUCUCAACGUCAAGUCUUCCCGAACUAGAGUGAUGGAGAAGACCCUCCACCCCAUCUUCAACGAGUCCUUUCUUUUCCCGAGUAUUCCCUCUAAAUUGCUGACUGAGAAUGGCGCGUGCAUCCUUUUCUCCGUCCUCGACCACGAUUACAUGGUGUCUGACGACUUCGCCGGCGAAGUGGCUGUAAACAUGUCGGCGCUUCAGCCAAUUAGGGGCGAGGAAUACCUUGACACUACUCCCGUUGUCAUGAUGCCUCUGAAACGACCUCAAAUAGGAACGGAUGGCCCUUUCCAGGUGUUGGAGGAGAGGAGCUCGUGGGAUAAGGAAGCUAAAAGCUUUGUGACAGACAGGUUGAAAUACAUCACCAACCAGCCCAGAAGGCGGGAAAAACUAGGCAGCAGAUCCUUGUUCUCCUUCUUCGGCCUCAACACUUGAAGCUUGGUUGAUGGAAAUAUGGUUUCUCACCUCACAUGGCCUGGUCUCUCGUGGCCUCAAUGUACGCAUGACCGGAAGGGCGAUAGGCUGGUAUAGAAUAAAAGGGAGAUCACUUCAGAUGUAACAGAAGAGGAGAAUGGAGAGAGAGAGAGAGAGAGUAACUGGCUGAUUUCAACCUUGUCCGUGUAAACCCUGGACCUUCGUGUACGCUUUAAAGCCCUGGUAUUGACGUGAUUACUUCCGAACUGUUAAACACGUAACCUUAGCGAGGUGUACACGAGUGCGAAGUGUUGGCGUCAGAUAUGUCACGACUGUGAUAAUACAGUAUAAACACACUGUGCUAAAUGUUGGGACCGAUACAUCCACACUGCCAAGUGUAGCGUCAGCUGGGUCCACUUAGCUAACUGUAGGUGAGGUGACAUUGGGUUUAACGUCGUACUUGAGAAUAUUCGCUCAUAUGACGACGUGCAUGCGUGUGUAUGUGUAUGUGCGGCUGUUUGUACUAGCCUAGACUGAAGCUGGUUUUAUAGUGCUAGCCCACUGAGGUACCAUGCCGCAGUGAAGCAUGAAUACCCCACUCAGACACUUUAUACUGACUCCGAGCCGACCAGUCCUUGUGCUAAAUGUAGGCAUCAGAUACAUUGACAAUGGGUUAAUCAAAUUAACAAUGUCGACACUAUGUAGGCAUCUGUUAAAUGCAAAUUUUGCAUAAUGUAGGAACCUGGGUCCCGAUCCACAAAGCGUUCGUAACGUUACGACCCUUCGUAAAGUUAAACGUACUUUAUCAUAGGCUUACGAAUGUUAUAGUGCUAUGAAUGUUUCGUGAAUCGGGCCUCGGGUUCUACCUAAAAUGCACUAACUCUGCCCAACCUGUCUACAUAAAAUGAUAUCCUCACUUCCUAGAUGUAGUAGACGUUUUUCACUUGAUUACGAAGUUGCGGAAAGGAACACUUUGUACAGGAGUUUCUCACAGUGGGUUGUAAAACUGGAAGUCACUAUGGCGAAGCGUCUCCGUUAAUGAUGUCUACUUAAAAAGCGGUAAAUGUUACGUUCGAUCGCAAUUUAGGAUGCCCAUGGUGGUGAUUGAGUGGAUGAGUUUAGUUUUACGCCGCACUCAGCAAUAUUCCAUCCAUAUGACGGUCUGUAAAUAUUCGAGUCUGGACCAGACAAUCCAGGGAUCAACAGCAUGAGCAUCGAUCUUCACGAGUCCCCCAUGGUCGUAAUACCCAGGUGCAGUUUCUACACUGUCGACACACUCAGUAUAUGGACGUCUAAUCAUGUCCAACACAACUGAUGAUCUACAUCCGUUUUUCCGAGUAUGUGCAAUAUGUAUAUAGACCCUUUUCAUCUAAAAUUACUUUUGUAUUGUCUCCUGUUGAACAUCAUAUUGUGGGCAUUUGCAUAAUAAAAUCAAAUAGGAAUUUA